AUGGUGUUAGUGCUGGUGAUUCUGAUCCCAGUUCUGGUUAACUCCGCUGGAACUUCAGCGCACUAUGAGAUGCUGGGAACCUGCAGGAUGGUGUGUGAUCCAUAUGGAACCAAGUCACCGACCGCUACGGCAGACACGGUGCGAGCAGACAACAGCCUCAUGCAGUCUUUACCAACUUUUAUAACAGGUCCGAAAGGAGAACCGGGCCGCCCGGGGAAGGCUGGACCCAGAGGCAUCCCAGGUGAUCAGGGCCCGCCCGGUCCGAUGGGGCCACCCGGGGAGAAGGGGGAACCGGGACGGCCUGGACUACCGGGGCCACCGGGACCCAAUGCCGCGGCGGGGGCUAUCAGCGCGGCCACGUACAGCACCGUUCCCAAAAUCGCGUUUUACGCAGGCCUUAAAAAGCAGCACGAGGGCUACGAGGUGCUGAAAUUCGACGACGUGGUCACUAACCUGGGGAACCAUUACGACCCCACAACGGGGAAGUUUACCUGCUCCAUACCUGGGAUAUACUUCUUCACUUAUCACGUCCUGAUGCGCGGAGGAGACGGAACCAGCAUGUGGGCAGAUCUCUGCAAAAACAAUCAGGUACGGACGGUGCGCCAAGAAUUACGCACAGACUGAGGCGCAUAUUGUUGUAGCCUUUGUGUGUUUAUUGGCAAAUAUGUUUAAAAGUUUCAGGCACUUGUCACUCGAACGCCAGAAAUGACGUUCUAACUGGCGUUCGAGUGAUCUCUCUUUUUUGCUUCAUGGGAAAAUAAGUAGGAACCGAAAGGUGACCAAAUGCAUAAAUCAUUCAAACAGACAUUGUUGAACAUGAUAAAUAUAAUGCUAUUAGCUUAUUUCAUGAGUGUAGCUGGAAAGGGUAUAAUACCUUUUAUUAUUUGGCCUUAAAAAAAAAAAAUCUAAUUGGUCUGAAAAGUAAAAUGGAGUUUGUUUCGUUAAACUCAAUCAUUCAGUCUUAGGAGGAAUUGAAUGUCAACCCAAUGUCAAUUCGUUAACCCAAUUAGUGUUGAAAAUGUAUUAUGAUAACAAUGGAUAAUCUUUGCCUCAGGUCCAUUGUCCCAAUAGCGCUGUCCCUCUACACUUCCGUUUGCAUCAAUUACACCCAACACGGGGCAUCUUCAAUCAGACAUCCAUACGCCUCCUGUCAGCGCGCGCACGGGCACGACUGAUGAAGUCCAACGCAAUGUUUGAGUGGGGGAAAAGUGUCCCUUUCGUUUUAUUGUCGCCUGGCUUUAGCCUAUAGACUACUACAUAUGCUGGAGUGAUUAUUUAAAUAGAAACACUCAUGCAUGCGUAUAACUGGCUUCCUGUCUUUGUGACUUGAUUACAUUAUGCUAAAUCUGAUACAAGAUCAUCCUAACAAUUGUUUAUUAUUUUCAUAACAAGUAAAACAAAAUAGGCCUAUCAUUAUUUUUUUCAAAAUCAUUAUUAUUAUUAUUAGAAAAUCCUUAAUCAUAAUAUGAUCAUAAUAUGUAGAUUUAGCAAUAGCUUGUUACUCACACUUGAUAGGUUACAAAUAAUAUUUUAUCUCCUUUUUCAACAGUGCUUCAACCAUCAGAAUUGAUAGAUUCUGCUCAUAAUAUUAUAGCCUAGCUGCUGUCAGAGAGCACAUCUAAUCCCUAUUCCCUCGGGACAUCCCGUGUCACCAAGCCACUGUUAGUCUCCACGACUCACAGAGCCCGCUUCGCCAUGCGCAUCCCCCUGUCAACGGCCACCAUGCUCGGUGUACGGGGUGACCAGGCAGCCACUUAGGCUAAAGCCCGGAGCUCAUUCUGCACAACACAGCUACAGUACGGGCCAAUCAGUUCACAGCACAGACAGAGAGGUUUAGCUGGAACAAUAACGGUACUUUUGGUGUGUAAAAAAAAAAGAACUAAGACUGCCAAGAGACUUACUCUGUUUUUUUUUUUUUUUUGUCACAUCCAGUGUUCGAAAACAGCAUGCUGAACUGAGGACUAGUAGAGGUCAAGCUUGAGCUAAAGUAGAAAUAAACAAUUACAAAUAAUUAAAUAAAUACUUUAUUUAUUCACUCACUCAGAUAAUUAAAAUAAUUUUGAUUAGCCUAAAAUAUGCCUUUAGGCCCGAGCAUUUACUGUAUCAUUUAAAAAUAAAGUUGUUUUAAAUAAUUCAGAUGUUAUUCAUUAUUUUAUUAUAGUGAAUGAACAGUGCUUGCUGUGCAUGGCUUUAAUGGCAUUUAAAGGUUGUUUUCCAUUUGAAUCUCCACACACAGAACAUCAAAAUUGUGUUACGCAAUCAGUGGAUUUAUACCAACUUCCCUAAUUUACAGUCUCAUGUUACACCUUACAGAAGGUGUCUGAGGAGACUCAUUUGAAUAAACAGUAGCCCAUGAUUCCCUGCUAUGUUUCACUUUUUAGAUCUUAAUGAUGUUCAUGUUCAUCAAUCAAUGAAUACUGAUAAUUAGUAGGCUAAUUAGGGCGAUAUUGCUGAACAAUUUCUGGUUGAUGACAAGUCUGGAUAAGUGUAGCCUAAUUAGGCUUAGGCCUAUCCUUCAUAUGGACUUUUACCAUCCCUUUCUCGAUGUGAAGUUGAGAACUCUUUUAUUGGUUGUUUUAAUUGAUUGUGGUAUUUUGUUAUUUAGCUCAAAUAGUUGUUUUAGCAAUAGUUAGGGUCAGAAUGCAGAAUUCAAGGUUCUUCCUGACACUCAAGCCUCUGGUGUCCAGGUAGUUAGGGUCAGAAUGCAGAAUUCAAGGUUCUUCCUGACACUCAAGCCUCUGGUGUCCAGGUAGUUAGGGUCAGAAUGCAGAAUUCAAGGUUCUUCCUGACACUCAAGCCUCUGGUGUCCAGGUAGUUAGGGUCAGAAUGCAGAAUUCAAGGUUCUUCCUGACACUCAAGCCUCUGGUGUCCAGGUAGUUAGGGUCAGAAUGCAGAAUUCAAGGUUCUUCCUGACACUCAAGCCUCUGGUGUCCAGGUAGGCCUAUUGUGUAUUGGAGCUGUCCAUGGGGCUGAAACAGUUAUCGCCUCUCUUUAUCAUCUACAUUGGAAGCAAGACAAAGGCCUAGCCUAUGACUCUAAUAUGUUGUUUUUAGAACAGUGUGCAGUCCACUAUAGUACUGCAAUUUGGAGUCAUAAACAUUGGAUUAUGUACACAUUUUGUAUAAAAACUCUCCAGAAGGCAAUUCAAUUGAGUUGCAUACUGACAAAAAAGUUAUCUUUAAUAUCAUCUGCAUUAAACAUUUAUGAAACUAAAGAUAAUGUUAUUGUAAAAAUGUAAGCAAACUUGUUAGUGUUAAUACAACACAAUAUUUUAAGUUAACUGAUUACUAGAACAUUGCUAGUCUGGCAACCUUCAGGGGGGAACCUGCUAUGGGACUCCAAUGAGAAAUAUUGGGUUAAGGUGCUGAUUCAAUUCCAUUCAAUACAAUUUUAAUUAUCCACUCAAGGGAAAUUAAGAAAGACAUAUUACAUAUCAACAUGGCUAUUCUCCUCUAGGCUUGAGCCAGUGCCACAGUGAGUUGGUGGCAGUUAUCUAUAUACAUCUGUCUCCAUUACCCUGUAGGUUUGAGCCAAUGCCAUGUGUUCAUGAUAACAAACUGUGUCUCCAUACAUUCCCCUCUAGGUUCGAGCCAGUGCCAUAGCCCAGGACGCUGACCAAAACUAUGAUUAUGCCAGUAACAGUGCCGUGCUGCAUCUGGAGCCUGGAGACGAGGUCUACAUCAAACUGGACGGGGGCAAGGCCCACGGGGGCAACAACAACAAGUACAGCACCUUCUCUGGAUUCAUCAUCUACGCAGAUUAG